AUGGCCCUGCCGCGGUCUCCAUUUGCAACCGCUCCUCAACCGCCGGGAACAGGCGAGAUUCUCCUAGGCCUGCUGCCCCCGGACAGACAAAGCCUCAAGACCAUCAACUUUCAGUAUCCACUCAAGCUUAUAGCUCCAGAUCCGCACCGAUCGGCUGAUGAGAAGCACGUGACCAUCGUCUUCCUUCUCACUUAUGGCGGCGGAUUGGUUGGAGGCGAUCGAAUACAGCUGAAAGUGGAACUCGAGGAUCAUGCACGUCUGGUCCUUUUGACUCAAGGCAGUACCAAGAUCUUCAAGUCUCCGACAAGGGCCAGUAUCACGGGUCAGGUCUUAGACAUCAAGAUUGGGUCGGGAGCGGCUCUUUGCUAUCUUCCGGAUCCUACGCAGCCCUUCGCGGAAAGUGUCUACGAGCAGAAGCAGACCUUUUAUGUCGACGACUCUGGGAAGAGCAACUUGCUAAUGCUGGAUUGGGUCAGUGAAGGUCGCAAAGCACGCGGCGAGAGCUGGAGCUUGUGGGGUUGGAAAGGUCGCAAUGAAGUCAGGGCGUUCGACGAAAAGUCCAAAGGUAGACUUCUACUGAGAGAUGCAGUCACGCUGACAGAUGGCACUCUUGGUGGUGUCGGCCUCACCCAUAAAACCAACGAUCUCGGCAUAUUCGGCACGCUCAUCAUUUAUGGUCCGCUGUUUGCAAAUCUCGGGAAAUUCUUUAUGGAAUCUUUCAAGAGCCAACCUCGUAUUGGUGCCAAAGACUUUACUGAUGAUGGCAAGCCCGACCACAAGCACAAGGAUAAUGGACUUCUAUGGACGGCCGCAAAUAUUCGAGGCUUUGUCUUGGUGAAGUUUGGAGCUGCCGAUCUUGAUGUUGCCCGACAAUGGCUCGGAAAUCUGCUCAAGCUGGAAGGAACCGUCGAACGACACUUCGGUCACCAGGCAUUGCUUUGCUUGCGUUAG